UCUACCGGGACCAACCGGACCGGUCAUGUGAUGGCCGCAAGAUUGAAUGCCCCUGCCAAUCAGAAACAAAUUCUAUGGUUUACCAGUCACCACGAUAGCGUUUUUCACCUUCUCACUGAGACGCCUCCGCGACUCGAUUUUCGCUGUUUGACACCGCUUACCUGGAGGAGGAAGCCCAGACGGUGAACGGCCCUUACAGCAGUAGCUUUCGUCCGCUCAUGAUAAAACGCAAACGCGCACAAAGUCCAACGUAUAGCUCUCAGGACGAGAUCUCAGUGGUGGUGCAACCAAGUCCAAGUAGACAAGCCGAAGUUGGCUCAUCACCCAGAAAACGGGGUGAACUGUCAACUGAGGGUAUGUCUUCGCCGCCGCCGAGAAAGAAGAGCAAGAGGGAUGAGGUGCUUACUGGUGUGGACGAGUAUAAUCGGUGUCCAGAUGUGAGCGGGAGGGCGAGCGUUAUCCGGGAUCCAUUGCCGAAGAAACUAAAAGUCAAGCCAAAGCCUUCCAAGCGAAUGGAGUCCGUCAGGCCGCGAACACACUCAUUUGGGGCACGCAUGAAGUCAGUCAACUGUCGCGCGAAGACCAUCCAGGAGUUUCUCAGCCCCGACCAGGAACCAGUCAUGACUUUCUCGGUUUACUACGAUGAUACUCUGGAGCAUGUGCGCCUCAUCGAUGCCCGCGAGGGGAUCUACGAAUACUCCAUGCAAGACGAUGAUCCCGAUACCGUUACUGAAGAAGCUUUGUCUAUGAACCUGCAGUUCAUCCGGAGACGGUUGAAUGGCCAUGGUGUUGUCGAAGAUAUAGAAUGGCAUGAUCCUGAGGCGGGCUCGAGACUUGGAGUCGACGUCGGGACUUCCCCACCAACCCCGCCUAUGUCUCCAAAGGCCGGAGGCAAACAAAGCGCCGUUCCCACCGUCCCUGAAAACCACAUCUUGCUUUCUCCGGCAUACGAUAUCGAUACGAACCUCGACAACAAUUAUGUAUACCUCGAAGACAAUCAUUCCGUCUUCCAUGAUCCCCACACAGGUCUAUCGGAGCCACAAGUUGGUCCUACGACGCAUUUUCCCCUUGUACAUCAUUCUCCUAUUCACAAUUCAGCUACUUCUUUCCCUUCCUCGACGUCGUUUCAAGGAAAGGAGCAGCUGCUUGAUCCCCUCCACGAUUCUUCUUCUCUCCAAGGCAAUUCGCGUUUGCAGGAUGAUUUACCGCACCUUUGGUUAGAGGACUCAGAACCGCUGCACAAUGGUACUAUCGACCCGUCUCUUUUGGGUGGGGGACCAAACCCACCUUCCCCUGCUGUUCAAAUUGAAGCAGAAAAUAUGCUGGAUGAAUGGGAGAUGUCGGACUUGACUUCUCUUGAAGACAGCAGUAGUCCGUGCAUUGAUCUGAUCCCUCUCGAACCUCAUCCAUCGCCAAAGCUGAAAAAAAGGUUUCGCCCUCCCGACCGGAGGAAGAGAUCCGAGUGGCCUGUGACGGACAAGGAAUCCUUUUGCCAUCAGUGCAGAAACCGCUCGUUUCGAGCAUCCGUGUAUUGCGGGUGCGGGAAGGCAUACUGUGUCAGGUGCAUUAAGAUAAAGUACGACAAUUUGGAAUUUGAUGCCGACGCGAAAGAUUUCGUUUGUCCGAAGUGUAACAAUACGUGCACAUGUGAUAUCUGCACCAGGGCUAGAGGCGAGGUGUAUCAUUCAAUGAGGGUUGGUUCGACCAAGCGGGCACUGCCCACGCGUUCACGUACAGUGGAAGCGGACCGCCCGUCAGUUUCAUCGUCACGUUCUACGCGAAAAUUACUCAAGUCACGGAGGGCUAGGGACGCUGAGGGAAUGUAUACGGAAGAACGUAGUGCAGAUCACAGUGCACUUUCGUCGCGCGUCCUUGCUCCUACACAGCACCGGCACCAACGUCAUGUGCAACGAUGCGACCCUCCACAUGUUUCUCUCCUCGGUGGUUGGACUACUAUACCUCCGCUCAGUGAACGUAAGCAGGGUCCAGUGAAAUACUGGGGUAGUAUAUACGGGUUUUCUGGGGAGAAAAUUGGGACUGCGUAUAUUCCGGAGGAUGGGAAUUCCAAUACGCUCUUGGUCCAGCGUUCCAGAGUGUUCGUUGGGGAGAUUCAGCCUGUCUGGGGGCUAGGUACCAAUCCGUUGUUGAGAGAAGUGGAUCCUGCGAGGAAAGAGGUGAACAAGGACGCUCAGACGACUCGGAGGAGGUUCGUCGGACAGCAGGCGCCCUUGUUUAUGCCCAUUCGGACGAUAGAUUCCUCCGGAGUUAUAGAAUAUGGGUCGGAUGCUGAUGGAGAGGACGAUCCUGAGGGGCCAGGGAAUAGGCUUACGUCCAAUGACGAACAUCCUGGGUUUGAGUGGCGGAGGGGCGAAGCAUUGGAUCCUGAUAAGAUCAGCUUGGCUGAUGAGGACGUGACGUCGGUUGUUAUCAUGUCUCUGAAGCAGAUUGGCGUUACCGCGGUGGUUUCUACAGAAUAGAUGCGUCGUUCGUCAGUGGAGUAGCUUUGGUUAUUCUUACGGUAAAUGUAUCUAAAGCUGGAAGUCUCCUUCGUAGCUUAUAUCUUGGUAUCUUGGUAUACCCCAAACGACAAAAGUGCUAUCGUAUUGUUCAAUGCCCAUUCUAUUAGUACUGAACCUUUGGACAACGUUUCCAUCUUGCCGAUGCCCGGGUAACUGUACAGCAAUCAACCCUAUUUGACUGAUUCACUCAACCUUCUACAAGCAACUGAGCACAUUGUGUUAGGUUAGGUUACGCCGCGUUGGCUCCGUGCGUCAUGGGCCGGUCAAGAUCACAAGGGAAUUUGUUCGGCUGCCGCGCG